AUGACUCUUAGACGCUCUACUCGCGUGCAAGCCCUCUCAACUUCGGCAGCUACACUCACUUCUCAGCUCAAGGUGACCAAGCGGAAGGGCUCCAUCACAGACUCAAAGUUAUCGGAGUCUACAAUCAAGCUAGGUCCGCUCCCGAACGGCGAAAAGACAGCUCCUGUAGUUACACUCCCCAAAGAAGAUACGCUACGAAAACGCCAGAAAGUCGAGAAUGCAUCUCACCCAGUACUGCCAACACCUUCGCCUGAUGGGCUGCCAACAUCUACUUCUUCUGGAAACUUUUCGAACGGUGUUACUUCAGAUCAGACUAGACCAGCAGAGCCUCACAUGACAAACGCGCCAGUCAAAUCUCCUGGUACAGACAAGGUAGUAACAGCAUACUCAACUUGGAAUGGCGAUAUUGCCGGCCCAGCGCCUACAAACACGACAAAUUCGAUCCUGGACGAUGCAGUAGCACACUUGAAGCGCAUGGACGACAAUGGUCGUCUAGCUCCAUAUAUCGCAAAGUUCCAUUGCAAGGUAUUCGAUGCUGAAGGGUUGGCUCAACCGAUUGAUCCAUUCCGUUCCCUGGCUUCUGGUAUUAUUGCGCAACAAGUGUCCGGAGCUGCGGCGAGCAGUAUCAAGAAGAAAUUCGUUGGAUUGUUUGAGGCUUCUCCUGAGCACAAUUAUGCUGGACCUCCAGACUUUCCGCCGCCUGUGAUGGUCGCUGCAAUGUCGAUACCAACCCUUAGAUCGGCUGGACUGAGUCAGAGGAAGGCAGAGUAUAUUCAAGGACUUGCUGAACACUUUGCGACCGGCAAGCUGAGUGCCGAGAUGCUGGCAACGGCCUCAGACGAAGAAGUCAUGGAGAAAUUGAUAGCAGUCAGAGGAUUGGGAAAGUGGAGUGUGGAGAUGUUUGCCUGCUUCGAUCUGAAGAGAAUGGAUGUGUUCUCUACAGGCGAUCUUGGUGUUCAGCGUGGUCUUGCUGUCUACACGGGCAAAGAUGUGAGUAAGCUUAAGGCCAGAGGUGGAGGUAAGUGGAAGUACAUGGGUUCUGAGAAGGCCAUGUUGGAGGCUGCAGAAAAGUUCUCGCCUUACAGAAGUUUGUUCAUGUGGUACAUGUGGCGACUCAGCGACGUGGAUGUAUCCACUCUCCAAGACCAGGAAGCAGUCUCGAUGACCUGA